UCCUCUCCAAUAAGUGACAAAAUGACUACAUCGAUAUAAUAAUUGAAGUAUGGAGACUUAAUUAUCAUAAUUAAAAAAAUCAUAAAUUAAAAUAUUAAGUGAAAUUCAAAAUAAAAUUAAAGAAUGAAAAUGUAAUUUACCUUUUUUUAACAUCUCUCUAAUGGUUGGGGUUACUCUCUCUCCUCUAGUUAGUUGCCCACUAAGACCAGCCUUUCUCCCCAAAAUGCUUUCUCCUCUACGUGGCCACUAACUAGCACUGGCUUUUUGCUAAACAAACCUAAAAGGUUAAUUUUAUAGAAUGGGGAAGAAGAGAGAUGGAUGAUAAGCCACCACCACCACCACCCCAACCCAACCACCACCACCAUAACCGAUCUCUCCACCUCUCCAAAACCACACCACCACCACCACCACCUGUUCGAUCUAGCAACGGCGGCGGAGGAGGAGGAGAUAGGUUAAAAAGAGAUGAAUGGAGUGAAGGAGCAGUUUCGAGUCUGAUCGAAGCCUAUGAAGCCAAAUGGACACUCAGAAACAGAGCAAAGCUCAAGGGCCAAGACUGGGAAGAUGUUGCCAAACACGUGUCUUCUCGAUCCAAUUCCACCAAAUCUCCCAAGACUCAGACGCAGUGCAAGAACAAGAUCGAGUCCAUGAAGAAGCGCUACCGAUCGGAGUCCUCCUCCGCCGCAGCCGCCGAUGGUUCGUCGUGGCCACUCUUCCCUAGGCUCGAUCUAUUACUGCGUGGAAGUAGUACUAGUGGUGCUCCUCCACCACCACAUGCUGUGCCUCCGCCGCCGCCGCCGCCACCACCACCACCACUCCGCAACCCUCCUUUAAUGCUAUUGGAGCAAUCGCUGCCACCGCCACCGCCACCACCACCACUGCCUCCGCCACCAAAACCGUCGCAGCCAUCGCCUCCGGCUCCUUGUCCUGUUGGAAUUGCAGAAAACUCGGAUGCUUCCAAUGGUGUUGAUCGUCGGGCAAAGGAAGAUGGAGUGGAUCCUCCUUCCAUGAACACAGACAGUAGCACCACCCCUGCUGCUGCUGCUGCUGCAUUUUAUAACGACGAAGCGAAAGAGAAAGAUAAAGAGAAAUUGAGAAAUUUGAAGACUCGAUCGUCACUGGGAAAAAAGAAGACAAUAAGGAGGAGAAAAGAAGAAUGGGAAGUGGGAGAGAAGAUUAUUAGGCGGUUAGCAGAAGCAUUGGUGAGGUCAGAGGAAGUGAGGAUGGAGACGAUGAGGGAGAUAGAGAAGAUGAGAGCUGAAGCCGAAGCCAAAAGAGGAGAAAUGGACCUUCAGAGGACUCAGAUCAUUGCCAAUACUCAGUUGGAGAUUGCGCGGCUCUUUGCAGCCUCUGCCAUAGCCAAUAAUGUUGAUUCUUCCUUGAGAAUUGGAAGACAUUGAAGAUUGAAAAACUGGAGGAACAAAUUGUAUGUAAUAUUAUAUGUACACACUUUUGGCAAUGUGAGACAGAGAAAUUUAACUGUGUUAUAUUUAUAGCCUAGGGGUACUCAAUUGGAACAGUUCUUGUAGGGAAUAUAUAACAUCUCUUACCUAAUUGUAAUCUUCUCUUUCAUUAACCAAUGCAAAGUUUUAGUAUA